UGCGCCCAACGGAGGCGGAGCGGCUCCCCCUUGGUGGGCGGGGCCGCUGCGUGGCCGGAAGCGGAAGUGUUGAGCAGGUGCCACCAUGGCGGCCCCGGGGGCGGCGGACGGCGGCGGCGGCUCCGGAGAGUCCGCGGGGCCCGCGACGGUGUCCCGGCGGGUGAAGUACGCCAGCCUGGGCGUGCUGGUGCUGCAGAACGCGUCGCUGGUGCUGAGCAUCCGCUACGUGCGCACCCUGCCCGGGGAGCGCUUCCUGCCCACCACGGCCGUGGUGCUGGCUGAGGCCAUGAAGGGCAGCGCCUGCCUGCUGCUGCUGCUCAUCCAGCACAGGGGCAGUGUCCGGCAGACGGCGGUGACGCUGCACGAGGCCGUGGUGGGACAGUUUGGGGACACGCUGCGCCUGGCCGUGCCCUCGCUCAUCUACACCCUGCAGAACAACCUGCAGUACGUGGCCAUCUCCAACCUGCCCGCCGCCACCUUCCAGGUGACGUACCAGCUGAAGAUCCUCACCACGGCGCUGUUCUCGGUGCUGCUGCUGGGCACGGCGCUGUCGCGGCUGCAGUGGCUGUCGCUGGCGCUGCUCUUUGCCGGCGUGGCGCUGGUUCAGGCCGAGCAGGCGCGGGCGGCCGCUCCGGGCCCCGAGGCGCUGUCCCCGUCGCCGGGCCCCGGCGCGCCGGCGCAGAGCUACGCCGUGGGGCUGGCGGCCGUGGCCGCGUCCUGCCUGUCCUCGGGCUUCGCCGGCGUCUACUUCGAGCGGCUGCUGAAGCGCUCGGGCGGCUCCAUCUGGCUGCGCAACGUGCAGCUGGGCGCCGUGGGCACGGCCGUGGGGCUGGGCGCCAUGCUGGCCGCCGAGGGCCCCGCCGUGGCCGCGCUCGGCUUCUUCUACGGCUACAACGGCGCCGUGUGGGCCGUGGUGGUGAACCAGGCGGCGGGCGGGCUGCUGGUGGCCGUGGUGGUGCGCUACGCCGACAACAUCCUCAAGGGUUUCGCCACGGCGCUCUCCAUCCUGGCCUCCACGGCCGCCUCGGCGCACCUGUUCGGCUUCCGGCCGCGCGCGCCCUUCCUGGCCGGCACCGCCAUGGUGCUGGCGGCCGUGGUGCUCUACGGGCGGCCCCGGCGCGGCCACGACGGCGCCAAGUCAGUGGGGGCCUAGG